GUUGUAUAACUAUAACGUUGGUCAACAUUAACCCAUUCUCUUCUCUGUAAUGAGGUUCAUGAACGAUAGCAAAACUAAUUGGAGUGAAAACGAGGAAGAACUCUUGUCGUCUGACAGACCAAACAAAGAUGGCUAUCAAGAAGAGACAGACCCACGGCGCGUGCUCUUCAAUACGGUUCCCGAACACCCAGAACCCACGCUUGCAAGAACAACCGGGAAAGUUCCCAGAUGGCUUACAGGUGCAUUUCUAAAGAUAGGUCCAGCUAGGUUUGAGCAGGGAGAAGAUCAAUACAAUCACUACUUUGAUGGAAUGGGACUUCUGCACAGAUUUGGCAUAAAAGAUGGACGUGUGACAUAUCACAGUCGUUACUUGCGCAGCAGAGCGUUCGUCCAGGGACAGGUGAGAAAUCGAAUUAUGUUUGAUGAGUUUGGCACCGCUGCUCUCCCUGACCCUUGCAAAAGCAUCUUCUGUAGGUAUUUUUCCUACUUGAUUCCAUUCAACUUUACUGACAACGAUGCGAUCAACUUCUUGCAUUGUGGUGACGAACUCUAUUGCACAAGUGAGACCGGAAUCAUACACAGAGUUGAUCCUGUUAACCUGAAUACAUAUGAGAGGAUACAGAUGGACAAAUACAUUGCAGUGAACACAGCCACUGCACAUCCACAUUAUGAUUCUGAUGGUACCAUGUACAACAUUGGCAGUAACUUUAUUCCACCAUUUCCCUCCUACAGUGUGAUUAAAGUACCGCCCGUGCACGAUUCCCCAUCAGGAAGUGCACAAGCUCUGAAACAUGCAUCCGUAGUGGCGAAGAUACCCAUACAAAGCUUCUUCCAUCCAAAGUACUACCACAGCUUUGCCAUGACGCCAAACUACUUUGUGUUUCUGGAGCAGCCACUGUCCAUCAGCCUAUGCAAGCUGGCAUUUCGCAAGUUCAGAGGCCUAAGUCUCGUGGAUUGCCUACAGUGGCAGGAAGGAGAGAAUUGCAGGAUCCACGUGGUGCGGCGGCGGGACGGCAGGCCGCUAGCGACGCGCUACGAGUGCCUCGCGAUGUUCUGCUUCCAUCACAUCAAUGCGUACGAGGACGACGGCCACGUCGUCGUCGACAUGUGUUGCUACGACAACACGGACGUGAUUGACAGCUUCUACUUCAAGAACCUGCACGACAAGGACUACAAAAUGACGGCGCUGGCGGAGGCCCGCCGACUGGUGCUGCCACUCAGUGGCGACCUGACAGAUGACUGUCAAAACCUAGUUCGCCUCAAAGACUCUAAAGCAACUGCUGUGCUGAGGAGUGAUGGGAUUGUAAUGUGCCACUGGCAGGUGCUGUCACCUAGAGGUCUAGAGUUGCCAAGAAUACACUAUGAAAAGUACAAUGGGAGAAAGUAUAGAUAUUUUUAUGCGGCUUCGGGCACGAUGGAUGGAAAGUUCAAGAACUCUGUGCUGAAGGUGGAUGUUGAGUCGAGCAUUGUAAGCCAGUGGCAGGGCAGUGAGAAUCAGUACCCUACAGAACCCGUGUUUGCACCUGACCCGGAUGGCGAGCAGGAAGACUCCGGAGUUGUUGUCACGCUGGUGUGUGACGUGACGAGUGACAGACCAGACUUUCUCCUCAUCAUCGAUGCCAGGGAUUUCAGCGAACUUGCUCGUGCUGAGGUUGGCCAGAUACGCACCACCGCUCUCCACGGCAUGUUCCUGCCACAGGUGUCCACCUAGCGGCCGCCAUAGGUACUACUACUACUAAUAAUGAUAAGUGUAUUGCAUAGCAAGUGUAAAAUGUUACAAUUAAAAUAAAAAUUAUGCAUAUUGUAUACAUGAUACCCUCAAGCAAUUGGAAUUGAUUGUAUAUACGAUAACAAUUUCUAAAUCAAAUUAUAUAUGAUAUAAAAGUCCUAAACUUUGAAGAAAAUAAUGCGUGUUGUCGCAAUUCUUGAGCAUUGCUCCUUGAACGUAAUGUGUUCACUGCGAACGCGCAUUAAAGACAUCACACCCAUCUACGUAUCCUUAUCCGUGUGCACACAGUUGGAUAUUCUCAUUCAAAACCUAAUUGAAUGCACGAAUUUUCUGUCACGUUUUAGUUUGUAUACAGUAGAUAUCUAAUCAAUGAACUAUAAUACUUGUAUCUUGUAUGUAGCAGAAGCUUAAGCCACCUCUGUGGGACACAGAUUUACUACACUACCUCAUGUGAGUUUUGUACAGCUUGUCACUCAAUGCCAUGAGCUAUAACGAUAGCGAUGAACGCGUAUUAAUCUCACAUGUCCGUCAGUAUGAAGGUAUCAGCCUGAGUAAUAUAUUAAUUACUAACAGCAGUCGCAGUUUAUCUGGGAGCAUAUGACCGCACGUUUGGUGACUUGUUAUGUCUGCAUAGUAUCGUAAUUUUUAAAGAAUGUGAACUAUUCCUGCAAGCUUGCAAUUAUGAAACUGAAUGUGAUGACCCCAGUGCAGUUUGUUGUUUAUACAAACAUUUGUUUAAGGUUAUUUGAUUGCUGUGACACCACCUUAUCUUUUGGGACCCAUUGUCAGAAAUAUCAUUAAAUUGCGAUGGUAAUUAAUGCUAUAAUAAUACUUGUAGCAAUAUGUUACGAUACACUAAUAGCAUUGGCAGAUCGCAGCUGCAAUCUGUAACUUAUAGUAACAGGAAUUUGGUGAUUAAUUUUCUGUCACUGUAACCAAUUAUUAUGUUAUUAAGAUUUAUAUUUUGUUUUAUUUAUGUGAUUUGUUUAAUCUUGACCACUUGACUACGGUAUUUUAAAUAUU